UCCGGAAAGAGACGCUGGCCCUGCAGGAAAGUGCCCCACGCCCAGGGGACGCGCAAGGAAGUGUGUGAUCCCUCUGAGCCCCGAGUGGCUCUCCUCUGACCUUCGCCUCCCGCUGGGUGGAGCCGGGCUUUUAAGAGCCUCAGGGUGCAGGCCCCGGUCAGUGUAGCCGGUGCUGGCCUGUCUGAACCUCUCCAGGCUGCAGAGCCAGGCUCUGAGCUCCAAGCGGCCCGCCUAGCUCUGCGCCCCUCGCCACCGUCCUUCCCGGAGCAAGAAGAGGGAUCCCGGCCCUGGCCACCUGCCCGCCUGACCAUGGGGGAGGACGCUGCCCACUCCGACAAGUCCCAGGGCUCUGAGCUGCGGCCCGAGAAGCCAGCCAGCCCCAGCCCGGCGCCCUCCUCCACACCCAGCCCCAGCCUGCACCUGGGCAGCACGGAAGAGGCGGCCCGGGACCAGGUGAACGCGGUGACGGUGCUCACGCUGCUGGACAAGCUGGUGAAGAUGAUGGACGUGGUGCAGGAGAACCAGCACAAGAUGGAGCAGCGGCAGAUCAGCCUGGAGGGCUCAGUGAAGGGCAUCCAGAACGACCUGACCAAGCUCUCUAAGUAUCAGGCCUCCACGGGCAGCACGGUGAGCAAGCUGCUGGACAAGUCCCGCAAGGUGAGCGCGCACACGCGCGCUGUCCGCGAGCGCCUGGAGCGGCAGUGCGCGCAGGUGAAGCGGCUGGAGAGCAACCACGCACAGCUCCUGCGCCGCAACCAUUUCAAAGUGCUCAUCUUCCAGGAAGAGCACGAGAUCCCCGCCAGCGUGUUUGCCAAAGAGCCCGUGUCCAGCCCCAACGAAGGGAAGGAGGAAGUUGCAGACGAGAACAAGUCUUUGGAGGAAACCUUGCACACAGUGGACCUCUCGUCGGAGGACGAGUUGGCCCACGGUGAGGAGGCCCUGGAAGACAGCGCAGAGGAAAGCCUGGGAGAGAGCAGAGCCGAGAAGAUCAAAAGGUCCAGCCUCCGGAAGGUGGACAGCAUCAAGAAGGCCUUCUCUCGCCAGAACAUCGAGAAGCAGAUGAACAAGCUGGGGACAAAGAUCGUGUCUGUGGAGAGGAGGGAGAAGAUCAAGAAAUCAUUCGCUUCCAACCACGAGAAAACAUCCUCCGGGAAAAGCUCCCCCUUCAAGGUCUCCCCUCUCACUUUCGGGCGCAAGAAAGUCCGAGAGCUGGAAAGCGCUGGGGAGAACGAGGCCAAGUCUGAAGACGUGCCCAACGACCAUGACCACGAGGGGAGCUCACUGGCCGAGGGUCUCUCCCAAGCAUCCUUCUCCAGCGUCCUGGCUGAAGGGAAGGGGGCCGAGGGAGAGAGUGGGAGGGCAGCCUCACGAGGGAGUAACUCUGGCAUGGACAGCAACGUGGACUUGACCAUGGAGGUAGAUGAGGAGUCGUUGGUGGCCCGGGAACAGGCACAGAAGGUGCGCUAUGAGGACGGCUACAACUCCACGGAGGCAGAGCGGUCAGAAGAGGAGGCCGCCCAGCCCCCGGUGCUGCAGGUGGGCCACACGGCCUGAGCAGGAGGCCCACUGGGCCAGCGGCGCCUGCAGGCAGGUGGGGAGCCUAGAACACGUGUCCACACGUCUUUAGUGCUACCCACUCACUACUGUGUUGUUGUCCAUGUAGCAGCACACACAUGACCAAGAUCCACUAUGAAGGCAGCCUGUCGGGGGCUCCAUUUCUAAUUUGCUCCUAGGUCCUGUUCCUGUAGGAUUUCUCCAAGAUUGCCCCGAAGAAAUGAAGCAGUUGAAAAACAUAGAUCAGUUUAGCUUAGAUUAACCAGAGCCUACUGAAGACACUGGUCAUGAAGGCUGAUUGAUUUGGGUCAUUCCAUAAGCUUGCUGCAGAGCAUACCAGCAGCAGAUGGAAUUUCCCAGAACUCCGUGCACCUGUGAGCUAUUUUUCAGGUGUGUGAUGUAUGAUAUACAUGUGUGUUUAAGCUAAAGGGUAACUGCUUUUAAGGAAAAAAAAAGAAAAGAAAACACGUUUUCUAAAAGGUAACAGAAAAAGUUUGGUUGACCAUCCACUUAAUAGAAACCAUUGUUUUCUUGAAAAUAAAAUAAAAACUGCAAUUUUUAGCUAAAGAAGUAAGACAUGUAGGAAAUCAGGACUAUUAGAAAAAGAAAACUAAGAAAGAGAUGUGGGAAAAUAGGAAAAACAGGAACAAAGAAUGCCAAAGAAAAUGAAGACAAAAAGAGAAAAAAAAGUAUGUGCUUAGAAGUAGAAUAUUUACUAUCUAAAUUUAAUAUUUUGCUCUUUAUAACAAUACUAAAGAAGUUCUUAUAUCUGGAAUAAUGUUAUAUUUUCACAAUAUUUUUAUUUUCUAACAUUUUCAAAUAAUAUAAAGAUAUUUUACUGUGUUCAAGGUGUAUUUUUUCUUAAUAUAUAAAAGACAUUAGAAAUAUCCCUCCAAAGAAACUCAAAAGGAUGUUGUCUCUUUAACACUGGGGAUGAAUAUAAACAUUCAAAAUUAAUUAAUGCAUACUGCUUUUUCUAGGAAGUUGGAUCAUACUAGUCUUUAAUGUAAUGUUUUCCAAAUUUGAGCUUGCACUCAAAAUGUAAUGUUGGUUUAUAGGGUAUUAAAAUUAACAGGUUUGGGAAAGGGAGGGCUUCUGUUUGUCCUUUUUUUUUUUUUUAGACAUAAUGAUAAUUUCCAGGUCAUAUUUUAUUUAUGUCAAUUUCACAUCAUUUUAGUAUGUUUAUUACCUUUUUAAAGCACACUAGUAUUUAUGUAGAUAUGCACAUAUAGUCAGAUAAGGUAAUUUUUACUACUGCCUAACAUUAUACUAAAAUGUUGCUUUAUCUAUUUUUAAUUACUGAAUGCUAAUGUUUUGAGAAUACUAUGAAACUAUAGUUUGAAGACAGGUAGCAGGGAGCAGAUCCCUGCCUUUAGAUUUCGCCCCUCACUAUAGGUAGCUUUACAACUGUAGCUAAUCCAACACAGUAUUAACAAACUGCUUUGUCUUAUAAAAGAGAUAUGUUUAACAAAUGUAUUGAUGGCAUAACCUAUACAGCUAUCCUUGUUUUUGCAAUCAUGUACCCCACGUAUUUGAUGGUUGAACAACAAAGGCUAUAUUAAAGAAGACUAAAUAAACCAAAAAUGAAAAGU